ACAAGAAGAUGGCGGCGCUCGCGGGGGCCGGAGCAGCGGCGGAGGAGUUUGCUCCAGGAAGUGUGUAUGAUUACCAGCUACAGUUUCAGGGAGUUGAUUUUUCUUCCUGAAAAGGGGAGCUAUGAUGUCCGUGGUACAUCGGCUGACAGCGGGAUGGCUCGUGGAUCAUCUCUCUUUCAUCAACCAGUGUGGCUAUGAGAUUUGUGACUCCUUUGCAUACCCUGGUGGUAUCACUCUCAAUACUUCUGUCACAUCUACUGGAGAUUGUUAUGCUGCUUCUACCUUUGCUGCCGCCUCCUCAUCAAGAGAUGGUCUUAUUCCUAGUCCUGGAGAUGCGAUAGAAACAGAAGGUAGAACAACAAAAAUGAUAUACGUGUUUCGAGAGGAGUUCUUCGAUGUUUCUAAGCCCCAUAUAGCUGCAGCUCCUGAGGAGCAGCUGUGGCAGGGCUGCCCUGAGGUGAGUCUCACAGAAAUAAAGGCCAACAGCAACAGAGAGGAACACCAAGAACGAACCAAGAGUGGCGUCAGAGAUUCUGUUGCUAGUGCUAGGAAGAAACGUAAAAGGAAAUGUGUGUUCAACCAAGGUGAACUGGAUGCUUUAGAAUACCAUUCAAAGGUCAGGAAGCUCAUUUGGGAAGGCACUUUGCAUUUAGUCCAAGAAGGACUCAAAAGUGGUUUUCUUCACCGCACUACUACAGAACUCAGUUGCAGGAAGAAUGUCGUUCCUGGACACAUUGGCUGUGGGUUGGCUGAAUUAUGUGAAAUGGCAAAGCAGUUUCCAGCUGUGAAUGAAAGUGACCAUCAAGCCGUACAUGUGCUAGAUGAUGAAACCUCUAUUCCAGAGCAGGACCUGCUUUCGUGUGUUACAGAAAACAGCUCGAACUCUGCAAAGAUAGUUGUGUUAAUGGGGCAGAAGUACUUGGUGCCACCAAAAAGCAGUUUCCUUUUAUCUGAUAUUUCAUGUUUACAGCCCCUGCUGAACUACAAGAAAAAAUAUGAUGUAAUUGUGAUUGAUCCACCAUGGGAGAACAAGUCCGUUAAAAGGAGUAACAGAUACAGCCACUUGUCUUCAUGGCAAAUCAAGCAGAUUCCUGUACUAGCGCUAGCUGCUCCGAAUUGUCUUGUAGUCACGUGGGUGACUAACAGACAGAAGCACUUACAUUUUGUUAAAGAUGAACUUUAUCCUCAUUGGUCUGUGAAAACACUUGCUGAGUGGCACUGGGUAAAAAUUACUAGAGCUGGAGAAUUUGUGUUGCCUUUGGAUUCUUUACACAAAAAGCCCUAUGAAGUUCUUGUUUUGGGGAGAGUUCAAGGAGACAUGAAGGAAACCUUAAGGAAAUCUGAAGAUGUACUUCCAAUUCCAGAACAUAAGUUAAUUGUCAGCGUACCCUGCAGUCUGCAUUCACAUAAACCCCCUCUUACUGCGGUUCUGGCAGAGUUUAUCAAGCCAGAUGUGGAAUGCUUGGAGUUGUUUGCUCGCAACCUACAGCCUGGCUGGACCAGCUGGGGAAACGAGGUUUUGAAGUUUCAGCACAUUGAUUAUUUCACUCUUCUGCAGAAUGAAAACUGAGUUGGGUCUUGUAGCUUAAUUCUGAAAUUCUGCACCUUCCUAGCAGGCUCUUGAACUUGCUUUUGUUACUGAUGGUGCACUCAGAAGGUAACAGAAAUAAAACCAAUUGCACUUCAGUUAAAAUUCUUGAAGUGACAGAAUAUCUGUUUAACGGUAUCUCCAUUUGUACAAGCUGGUCCCUUAUUUUGAUGAUCUUGAGAUAUUUAAACAGUGCUGUUAGAGUGCAAGUCCAUCCCUGUUUUUUUCAAACCUCAAGAAAAGAAAGAUAUUUUAAAGUACACUCACUGCAGCUAUCAAAUCUGAUCAUCAUAAGUGCUACCGUGUUGCACUUGUAUUAUUUUUAAAGAAUGAUAAUGUAUUAUUUUUAAAGAGUGGCAAUGGAAGUAAACAGUUCUGAACUACGUGUUUCCUUAAAGAAGAUUGUUUUUUGCAAAACAGUGGAUUUUGAACUAAAAUAAUUAUGAAGACAGCGUAUCUUCCUACAUAUUUGUAUCUGUCUGUCUACUUCAGAGGAAAUAAAAGGAGCAGUGCUUGUGUUAAUUGGCAAAUGAAUUGUUGACUGACCACAUUCUAUGUAAAAUUACACUUUUAAAACAGUCAGCAAUUGCAUCUUUCUGUACAUGGUGUUAAUUCUUUGAAUACAUUGUAAAUGAUCAGUCUCAACAUCUUACAAAUUCUGCAUAUGAAGCUGUUAGAUUUAACUGAAAUUUUAACAGAUUGUAAGUAUUUUAAAAAUUCUCUUUCCUUGUGUUCUUGGAACAUUAAAAAGCCAUGCCACUGAGCUGUAUUUUUCAGCUAGCAUAAAAAUGAUCUCUUUUUGUUUUUUAUAAGAAUGGUACACUUUGUGUGUCCUUUGCUGCCCUUAGAUUUGCUUUGAAAAAUAAAAAAAGGAGACUUAAUGAAGCUUCUGCCACUUACUCAUUUGCAGCAGUAGAGGCAGAGCUGCCGGACAAGCUGAUUUUCCUGUUGGCAAGCUCCUGAGGUCUGACUGUUUAUAAAGGGGAACAAAAUGCAUUGCAUAUCUUCUUUACAUUCGUUUCCCUUUUGGUAGCCUGAUGAGCUGUGAAGGUUUUUAAAUUAAACUUUAAAUGUUAGCAGAUUAUUUUUUAAUAAUUUUGUAAUAAAAAUUAA